AUGAGUCCCGCGCCGCAUAUGGCGGAGAUGCAUCUGAUGGACAUGGACAUGCCGAUGCUGGCGCAAGCGGCGCUCGCGCACUCGCUGGCGCAGCAUCCCGCGAGCUCGGGGAGCGAAGCGUCGCCGUCGAGGCGGGCGGAGGCGGAGGCUGCGGGGUGCGCCGCUCCGGGGGAAUGGCCGCCUAGCGGGUGGCCACAGGCGAACGGCGGAGAGGCGGCGGGCAGCGGAAGUGGCGCGCACGGCGGAAGCGCACGGCGGAGCAAUGCGACAGCGGGCGAAGGAACUUCACAGUCGCGGUCCAUCCCGCCCAUCCCCACCCCUCCCGCGCCCCUCUCUCCGCUCAACAUGCCCCUGGCGGGCGCGCCGGUUCCCCCAAGGGAGUCCCGCUCCGCCCACCGCAGCAGAUCGCGGGAGAAGGCGCGGGGGCACGGGGGACACGGCGCGCACGGGGGGAGGCAGUGCCAGCGCAGCAUGAGUCACGACGAGGGGCAGCUGAACGGGUGGGCGGGGGAAGAGGGGAGGGAAGGGGGGGAGGACGAAGAGGAGGAUGAGGAGGAGGGGGAGUGGGGGGAGGCGGAGGAGCAGCUGCGCGAGAAGCUGGCGCGCAUAGAGGAGAAGCUGGCGCGGCUGCGUGCGAAGCGGCAGCAGUACGUGGCGCGGCUGCAGCGCGUGCAGGCCAAGAAGGAGAAGGUCGCCGGCCCCAUCCAACAGUGGCUCCGCCCCCCCCCGCGCCUCCAGCAGUAG